CGGAAAUAUACAUGGCAUCCAAGUAUAUCGAGAACGUGGUAGAGGAAGAUUGUGAAGAGAGCGAAGGAGCAGCAUUAGCUGAGGAGGGUGGAACAAGUGAAAAAAGAACAGAAGAGAUGGAAGAAAAGGAAGAAGAUAAUAGCAGUGGAAGAAUGAUGGAAGUAGAGAAAGGAGUUGAUAUAGAUGGACCAAUUGACUUGAGAAGGGCGGCAGAAGUGAAGGCCAGUUCGAAGAAGUUAACAGAGUUGGAGGAAGUGAAUGGUUUGGAUAUUACUAGUGGCGCGUUAGAUUUGAGAGUCGUACGGACAGAUGAGAAUAGAAGGAUCGUAAGGUGCGCAAGUGUAACGGAGAGUAGGAGUGACGGGUUGGAGAUAGGGGCAAUGGCGUUAGACUUAACUAUCAACAAAAGAGGAGGCAAAGAAGAAGAUAAGCAGGAGAAUGACAAGAUGGAAGUUUCACAGGGGGAAAACACAGAAGAAGAGGGAGAAGAGAAAGGCGCAGAUAGUCACGAUAGUUUGGGUGGUGCAGUUGGUGUGGAGGAACAGGCAAGGGAAGAAGUGGAUGAAGCGACUGAGAUACUUGUUAAAGAGAUGGCGAAGGAGGAUGGAAGAAAUGUAGUGGAGAAAGAAGUAAGUUUACAGACACAGAGUAGAGUCAUGGAAGCGGAGAUUAUUACGGAAGAAGAAGAGGUAGAACGGGGAGGAGAGAGAGAAACGAAGAGAAAGGCGGACGGAGAUAGUAGAGCAAGAAAGCGAGUUAGACAAAGUCUGAAAAGGUAUAGAGAGUCAGAGUCAGAGUCGUCAUCAUCGUCUGAUGAAACAUCCUCAUCGGACGAAGAAGAUAACAGUAAACGAGAAAUGAGAUUUACAAAUAUACUGUCAGAAAUGAUCAGAAAAACCGGAAGUAUUGUGGGAGAACAAGUGAUAGCUAACGCGGGUUUGAUAAAAUCUUUACAGAAAUCAGUGGAUGACCUGAAGAAAGAAGUAAAGGAGCUGAGAAGUGAACUUAGAGAAAGAAAGGGAAAGAAUGAAGAUAGAAGUAAAGAGAAUAAGAGACCGGAAGUACGAGAAGUGAGAGGUGAAUCAGGACCAGCAAAAGCGCAUGAGAGAAAAGAGAGAGAUAGAGAAGUCAAGAAAGACGAGAAGCGAGAUAGACCAGCGGAACAUGAGAGACGAGAGAGAGAAGUCAAGAAAGACGAGAAGCGAGAUAGACCAGCGGAACAUGAGAGACGAGAGAGAGAUGUGAAGAAAGAUGAUAAGCGAGAAAGACCAGCGGAACGGGAGCGACAGAGGAAGAGUGGUGGAAGUUCGAGGGAUGGCCAUAGGCGGGUCGAGAGAGGAAGAGACUAUAUUAGAUUGUAAACCAAGUGAAUUAUUCCGAUGACAUAGACAUAAGUAUUUAAAAGUGAAUAAACUGUAGUAUAUUUCGUAUGUCUUGGACUAGAUUGUAUUUGUUUAAUAGUAAUUGAUUUAUAUAUGAAAGGUUUAAUACAACCAUAGUGACAUUCAGGUAGUUUCUGAAGAGACACUUAAUUUUUAUAGUGGAAUUAAAAUUUAGAAGUUAAAGGAACACUGUUAUUUAUAUAAGAAUUAAAGGGACACUCAGGUCAGUUUUAACAUUAUGUCAAUAAGUAAAUUUUGAUUAACUAUUUGAAAAUUAAGUACAAGUUUGCUUUUCUUAACUGUUUAUAAUUCAUGAUUGUUAUAUUUUGUGAGGCAGAUGGAACUUUGCCUCGUUAAGAGGGGGGUAAUGUGAUGCACCGCAUUUCACCGACCUUAUUUACCUUCUAGUUAACCUAUGCAUAUUUAUUUUCUGUUAUAUACGGUUUAUAUGUUGUAAAAAUGUUAAAUACUAUUGAUUGUCAAUGUAAAUUAAUGUUGAAAGCUUACCCUUACGCUAAUAUCGGCAAUUUUACUGUUUACUAAAACCCGGAAGUGUUUAUUGUCAGCCAUGUUGGUUAUGCACGAUUUGAUGACGUCAUGUAAUUACUACGUCAUGUUUUUAUUUCUAUUUAUCAAGUGAGGUUACCUAUGGGAGCGUUAAAUUUAUGCAUACGAAAAUAAUAAUUUGUUUGUUUAUUUUUGCAUCACAUUUACCGAUCCCUCGUUAUUGUGUAGUCUUAUUAUUUUUAUAUUAGAUCUGUCAAUUUAAUUGAUGGCGCUUAGUGUGAUUUUAACUCGUAAUUUUUUAUCUGUUAGCAGUGUUAGCACUGUUAGCAACCCUUUCGGUGCCUCUUUGUUAGCAUUUUGUUAGAAACUCACAAGUUUCAAAUAUUGUUAGCAAACCGUUAGCAAACUGUUAGCAAUACGUAUAUAAAAGGCAGAUUUUUGUUAGCAGCGAGGACUCCGCAACUGAGAACCUCAGUAUUCAUUAGAGUAGAAUAUUAUUUUACAUUGAAAAGUAACUUUAUUUUAUUUUUUCUGUACAAAAUUUACUUAAAGAAGCUUUAACAAGAAUUUAAUAAUUAUUUUAUUUUUACAUUAGAACUAUUGUCAGAAAUAAAACUUAAGUCAAUAUUCUAUGCCGGAAAAGUUUUGCAAUAGUAAUUAGCGUAUAUUUUUCUAGGUGAAUUAGUAUCUAUAUUAAAAGAGAGUUAAAUUAAUUCUAUUUUGUUUAACAUUUUCCAUUUUAAAGUUUAAGUAUUAAUAUAUCUAAAACUAUGUAUUUAUUAUCGGAAUCAUACACCGUAACUUAGUAUUUCCUUAUAAGGAAGUAAUCGGAAGUUAUGUUUUUGGCGGCAAUAGUGCACGAGUUUCUUGUAAUUAGUAAAGCGGGCAUUCGAGGUUUAUUUGUCAAGCCGUUUAGAUGUGAAAUUUCCGAAAAUAUUGAAAUAUUUUCGCUCAUAUUAUACAGAAAGUUAUGUAAAUGUUUCUUACAAUUGUUUUCUUUUUCAGGAUUAUGUACAGCUCAGAGCAAAGUAAACGUGUGUCUUUAUACGCAAAAAAAAAAAAAAAAAAAAAAAAAAUGGACUUUCAAAAUUAAUUCCGUUUUGAUUCAUUGUGAAUUAUUAUUCUGUUUGCAUAUAAUUAUGUACAUGAAAUGAGUUUAUUUCAGUGACAAAUUAUCUGUGUUUUCGUCUAUUUAUAAUUUUCAAAAUUUGUUUCCUUUUUCCAUUAUGACAAAAAAUUUUAGACAUCUAAAUUUCGGGUUUUACGUCAGGUAGGUUCGAAGGAGCCGCUGGUCUUGAGCCUGGAUUAAUCCUUCAACAAUACCUCCCCCUCCCACGUUGGAGUUAGGGUUGGGUAUCCCGCUCGCAGCAACCUGACUUUUCGAACAUUUCCAAAAA